AUGCGAAUCGUCCCGCGCUCCCUCGCGUCCAUCGCGCUCGUCGCGAUCCUCGCGUCCAUCGCGCUCGUCGCGCCGAUCCCCGCGGACGCGCUGUACGGCGAGGCGUCCUCCGCGGUGAUCGUCCUCUCGGGCGAGAAAGAAUUCAACGCGCGCGUCGUCGACGCGGACGACGAGUACUGGCUCGUGGAGUUCUACGCGCCGUGGUGCGGGCACUGCCAGAAGCUCGCGCCGGAGUACGACGCCGCGGCCAAGGCGCUGAGCGGGCACGACGCGACGCGCAAGGCGAAGCUCGGCGCGGUCGACUGCGACGAGGAGUCGAAUAAGGCGCUGUGCGCCUCCGCCGGCGUGAAGGGAUUCCCGACGAUCAAAGGGUACAACAAGCUCGCGGGGUCGGAGGACAGGGAGACGUCGGAGAGCUACGACGGCUCCAGGGAUAAGGACGGGAUCGUGAACUUCGUGAAGGGUCGUCUGAGCGGCGGCGGCGGCGGCGGCGGCGGCGGCGGCGGCGGCGGCGAGUCCAAGUUGGCGCCUAAGCUGACGUACGACAAGGCGUUCCCCUUUCUCCACGGCGGCGACGCGUCGAUACCCAAGGUGAUCCUCCUGACCACCGGCGCGGGUCCCGCGGGGAAGAACACCCCCGGGUGGUUCACCAGCGUCGCGGUGAAGUAUAAGAAGGGGAAGAAGUACGACGUGAUGUUCGCACACAACGCGGAGGAGGAGCCCGCCGGGAUCUCGAGGAAUUUUAAAGUUUCCGAGUUCCCCGCGGUGGUCUUCGCGCGGUCGGACGGCGCCGGCGGCGGGCGCUACAAGGUCCUCCCCGCGGCGACGCUGAACACGUUCAUGAAGGUGUCGGACAACAUCAAGACCGUCGUGAACUUCGUGGACGACGCGAAGGCGCGGUCGCUGGAGUCGAUAUCGACGUCCGAUGAUUUCGCGGAGAUGCCGAAAUUCCCAGAGCCGCGCAAACCGAGGAAGCAGGCGGACGUGAAGUACGCGGCGCUGACCGAGGACAACGUCGACGUCGACUGCUUCGGCGGGAACGCGGUCAUCUGCGUCAUCGCGGUCGUGGACGCCCCCGCCGGGGACGAUUUCAACGAGAACGCCGCGAUGGCGGAGAUCGCUAAAAAAUACCGCAACGACCCGCUCUCCUUCGUAUGGGUCGACGCCGAGUCGAACGCGGACUUUAUCCACCCAUUCGGGCUCACCCCGGAGGACACCCCGAGGCUCGUCGCGGUCAAGAGCGGGAAGCGAAACCGGUUCACGAUCUACGACCCCGAGGGCGCGCUCGACGUGAAGGGCGCGAGCGACUUUUUGGACAAGAUUCUCGGCGGCGACGCGAGGUUCACCGGGAUGCAGGCGCUCCCGACGUUCGAGCCGUCGUACUUGAAGACGACGGACGAGGAGGACGAGGAGGAGGCGGCGGAGGAGGAGGUGGAGGAGGUGGUGGAGGAGGGCGUCGGCGAGGAGGUCGAGGUCGUGGAGGAGGUCGAGGAGGAGGAGGAGUGAGGCGACUGACGACGGACCAUUUGUCGUUGUAACACGCACACAGUUAACACUG